GGCGCAGCACCGCAAAGAUGGCGAGAGGAAAGCGCAGCAGCGGUGGUGGCAGCAAGGGCCACAACAGCAAGAAGCAACAGACAAAGGGCAAGGCAAAGACAAACCAACAGAAGCAGCAGCAGAAGCAGCAGCAGAAGCAGCAGCAGAAGCAGCAGCAGGAGCAGCAGAAGCAGCAUCAUGGAGAUGACGCCAGUCCAAAGCGACGUGCCGCGUCGCAAGACGCAGCCGUGGUGGGCUCUGUGAUUGCCGCCAAGAUGCCAAGACGAACACGGUCACCGGGUGCAGCAUCAGCAGCAACCACCGCCGCAAAGCCGUCAACAACGCCAACAACAACCAGCCUCAAACGUGCAUGCACAUCGCAAUCCACCCGCAGUGCAUCAGAGUCGAGCAGCAGCGGGCUGGGGUCCUCGGUGACGACCAACGCCACGACCGUGGACGCGCAUGCAGCCUUGUUUGCAGAGGGUGAGACAAAGCACGCAGCGGCACGAGGCCAACAGCACCUGCACACGUUGCGUUCCCAGCAACCCCGUAGAGCACAACAAGCACAGGCAGACAACGGGGCGGACGGUGAGGAGGGCAGGCCCGCUGAGGAGGGCAAGGAGAGCUACAUGCAGCAUCCAGGACAAGAACAAUGCGUUGCCGACAACACAAACCAAGGCUCCUCGGGUGACCGCACUUCGCUGCCGCAGCAGCAGCAGCAGCCAGAAUUUUCACAUGGUGACCCCGACACGACGCAACGCUCACCCCACGCUUCCAGUGCAGAGCAGUCAGCGGCGGCGGCUUUCACAACACCGGCAUCGGCCAGAGCGGACGGCGCCAGACCUGUGGAGGCACGGAUGGUGGGGCUGCUCAACCAUGGCAACACGUGCUACAUGAAUUCGGCCAUCCAGGCGCUGCUGCACUGCCUUCCCAUCCAGGACUUCUUCCUCACUUGCGAUGGACACGUACAGCAGUCGCAGCCGCGUGGCGGGGACAGGACGACGCUUGUUCAGCAGUUCCGUCACCUCGUUCAUCGCAUUGCCUUUGCCAAGGGUGCCUACAUUGCUCCAUCUGAGUUUGUGCGCCAUGUUCGCUCAUCCAACCUCCUCUUCCAAGGCUACGGACAACAGGACACGGUUGAGUUCCUUCGGUAUGCGUUGGACAAGUUGGAUGAGGAGCUCUCCCUGCCCGUUGAUGAAUCCAGCACACUUGGCAACACAAAAGCAAAGAAAAAGAGCGUCAUUUCGUCAGUCUUCAGUGGCACCGUCGAAAGCAGGGUUGAAUGCCUCACAUGUCACAAGUCUUCCGUUCGUGAGGAGUCGUUUUAUGAUCUCGCACUUCAAAUUCCACAGAAACCGCAGCCAUCAUCAUCAGCAUCACCAUCAUCAUCAACAUCAUCAUCAUCAUCAUCAUCAUCAUCAUCAUCAUCAUCAUCAUCAUCAUCAUCAUCAUCAUCAUCAUCAUCGUCAGCAGCGUUGAGUUUUAACUUGUCUGAAUUCGAUGCGCUUUUGUUUCCGCCGCUGCGUGCCAUCUUCUCAUCCCUCUGGCGUGUUGCCACAUCGUGGCUCUGGGCCGCAACGGAGGAGUUGAGCUCGUGGGCCGCGCUGCAAUCAGACACCCUCCACCAGAAACACAUCCACAUCAAGCGGCAGCCCGAGGUGCUUUGCCUCACAAUCAAACGCUUCAAGUACAAAUACGGUCGAUCCAUCAAAAUCAACACGCGCGUUGAGUUUCCGCGCGUGCUCCGGCUUGAUGAGUUCACGCGCGGACGCGACGAUGACAGCGGUGAAGGUGAUGGGAGCAAUCAAGGAGGCAGCAACAACAAUGGUCAUGGCAGUGAAGGUGAGGGCAGCGGUAAGAGCAGAAGUGGGAUGCACGAUGAGAAUCACAACAAUGACGAUGAUGGCGAUGACCAACACCAACGGAAGCAUCAGCAGCAGCAGCAUCACCAACAGAAGCAGCAGCAGCAGCAGCAGCAGCAGGGGGAAGAUAGAACGUGUGACACAACACAGGAUGAGCACGGGGAGUCGAGUUGUAACGACGAAGAUUCAUUCUAUGAACUCACAGCUGUCAUUCAACACAUGGGAAGCAUGGACUAUGGACACUACAUAUGCUAUGCACGAGACGUGGACACGGGCGAGUGGCUGAAGUACAAUGAUGAAAUUGUCACACGCGUCGAUGAGUCAACCGUCCUCGGCGUUCAGGCUUACGUUCUCUUCUACCGCAGGCGCUCACCAUGCGAGGAGCAGCGUCGCAUCGCGUGUGCAUCGCAACUCCUGCAGCCCAUCGCAUCCGCCAUGCACCCGGCCAACACCGCCACCCAAUACGCACUUGUGUCCAAAUCGUGGUUGUCGCGCCUUAUCACCACCAUUGACCCUGGCCCCAUCACAAACUACGACUUUGCCUGCCACCAUGGCGCAAUCAUCCCCAUGAAGGCUGACCCGCACACGCUCGCGUACAAGAUUCCGCUGCCGCUGUUUCUUCAACUGCAAUUCAAAUUUGGUGGCGGCCCGCUCGUCACGACUUUCCAUAUUUGCACAAAGUGCAAGCGGCACCUGACGUCGCUGCGUGCACGACGCGUGUCUGAGAGCAGAGCGUUUCUCGCCCUCUCGGCGCCAUCACUGCUGGAAACCAUUGAUCUCACUGCAUUCACAGCACCGCAGCAGCAGCAGCAGCAAACACAUGGAGAGUCAACGACCGCACCUACUGCUGCUACUACUGAUGAUGAUGUUGAUGAUGAUGGAAUGGCUUCGACGAUUACAACCAACACGACAGCAACAAAGUCGACAGCGUCUGACGAGCCAGCAUCCACAACCUCCGUGUCAUCACCACCACCACCAUCAUCAUCACUGCCGCCAUCAUCAUCAUCAGCAGCAGCAGCAGCACUUCCGCCGAGAGCAAGGCGACGGCGGUUUGUUGUCUCUGCAAUUUGGUUGCGCGAGUGGCGCAAGUGGCUCAAGAUGGGUGAUUACGACUUUGCACUGCCGCCCACCGAAGUCGACAAUAAGUUUCUGCUGGACGAAAACACACAGACUCUCAAACCGUCCAUGCGAGAGAAAACGCAUUUCGAAGUCGUCACUGAACAGCAGUGGCACUUCUUGCACGACACAUAUGGUGGCGGCCCGGAAAUUGAAUGGAGCCACAACGACGACGACGACGACGAUUAUGAUCAUGAUGAUGUUGAUGAUGAGCAUGCCAUCGGAGAUGCCAAAGCAUUUGGCAGUGGUCACCGUGACGUUCGUGAUCCUCGGACAACGAGGAGGAACACAGUUCUAUUUGGGUCGCUACGUAACUGAAACACAUGACACACACACACACACACACACACAC